UCAUUUUCUCUUGUAUAAGCGUUCGGAAGAACCGAGUGGUGUGAGUCUGUGGGAGCGUGCGAUUUCUCCGAGAGAUCUAACAAUGACAACGAUCAAGAUUGUGAAGGCUCGCCAGAUAUUCGACAGCCGUGGUAAUCCCACCGUCGAGGUUGAUGUCACUCUUACUGAUGGAACCUUCGCCCGAGCUGCUGUGCCUAGCGGUGCUUCAACAGGUGUCUAUGAAGCUCUAGAAUUGAGGGAUGGGGGUUCAGACUACCUUGGAAAAGGCGUUUCAAAGGCCGUGGAGAAUGUGAACGCAAUUAUAGGACCUGCUUUGGUUGGCAAGGACCCGACCAAGCAGGCUGAAAUUGACAAUUACAUGGUACAACAACUUGAUGGAACGGUGAAUGAGUGGGGAUGGUGCAAGCAGAAGCUUGGAGCCAAUGCUAUUUUGGCAGUAUCACUGGCUGUUUGUAAGGCAGGUGCUUUGGUGAAGAAGAUUCCUCUCUACCAGCACAUCGCCAAUCUGGCUGGAAAUAAAACUUUGGUUCUUCCCGUACCUUCAUUCAAUGUUAUCAAUGGAGGUUCGCAUGCUGGCAACAAAUUGGCAAUGCAGGAAUUUAUGAUUCUCCCUGUUGGUGCUUCUUCCUUCAAGGAAGCUAUGAAGAUGGGGGUUGAAGUAUAUCAUCACCUGAAGGCUGUAAUAAAGAAGAAGUAUGGUCAAGAUGCUACCAAUGUUGGUGAUGAAGGUGGCUUUGCUCCAAAUAUCCAGGAAAACAAAGAGGGUCUUGAGCUGCUGAAGACUGCCAUUGCAAAAGCUGGAUACACUGGAAAGGUUGUAAUUGGGAUGGAUGUUGCUGCUUCAGAAUUUUAUAGCAACAAUGACAAAACUUAUGACUUGAAUUUUAAGGAAGAGAAUAAUGAUGGGUCCCAGAAAAUAUCAGGAGACAGCUUGAAGAAUGUGUACAAAUCAUUCGUAACAGACUACCCAAUUGUGUCCAUUGAGGAUCCAUUUGAUGAGGAUGAUUGGGAGCAUUAUGCAAAGUUAACAGGUGAAGUUGGCCAGCAAGUGCAAAUCGUUGGUGAUGAUCUUCUGGUCACAAACCCAAAGCGUGUGGAGAAAGCAAUUAAGGAGAAGGCUUGCAAUGCCCUGUUGUUGAAGGUGAAUCAAAUUGGUAGUGUAACCGAGAGUAUUGAAGCUGUGAAAAUGUCUAAACGAGCUGGAUGGGGUGUUAUGGCUAGCCACAGGAGUGGGGAAACUGAGGAUACUUUCAUUGCUGACCUCUCAGUUGGCUUGGCAACGGGACAGAUCAAGACUGGAGCUCCUUGCCGGUCAGAAAGGCUUGCUAAGUACAACCAGCUUCUGAGGAUUGAGGAGGAACUUGGUUCAGCAGCAGUCUAUGCUGGGUCUAAAUUCAGAGCCCCAGUGGAACCGUACUAAGGUUUUUGAAGUGGCGUUUGAAUAAGAUUCAAGAGUUUUGUCAUCAGAGAAGCGUUUACUUAGUUGAAUUUUGUGUAACUGAAACAUAUUAUAGUUGUGCUUAAACCCUUGGAAUGAGAUAUGAGGAUUUACUUAGUUGAAUUUUGUGUAACUGAAGCAUAUUGCAGUUGUGCUUAAACCCUUGGAAUGAGAUGUAUGGUAUCAUCUUCGGUGUUCCCCAGCCAA